GUUGGAUGAUGCUGAGAAGAAGCAACUCGCUGAUCGUGCUGUGAGGAAAUGGCUGAACGAGCUCAAACACACGGUCUACAAGACAGAGGACUUGGUGUAUGAGAUCCACACUGAAGCUUUCCGAUGCGAGAUCGAAGGAUUAAAGAUUUAAUUUAUCAAUGGCUGCGUUUGGAGGAGAAUUCUGUUUGAGAUUGGAUGAUAAUGACUCAAAAGUUGUUUCAAGUAAUGCUCGUCAAUUAUCAUGUAUGGGAUAUGACCGUAGAAUCAAGAAUUUAGAGGCUCUUUUUGAAAAUAAGUUAUUGCCCACUUGGCUAACAAAUGGAUUAGAAUCAUUAGAUGUUGAACCGAUGCAAAUAAUGCAAUGCCUAAGAGUGCUUUGUUGCAUUCCAAUCUCGCCGUUGCCCGAUUGUAUUGGAAAUUUAAAGCUUCUAAGGUAUUUGGAUUUAAGUUGGAGUGGAAUUGAAGCAAUACCCGAUACAGUUUGUACUUUGUACAACUUGCAGACCUUAAUAUUGAAAUAUUGUGACAAAUUUAGACGUUUGCCUAAUUCAAUUGGCAAUUUAAAAAACCUAAGGUACUUGAACUUGUCUGGAGCCGCUGUUAAACAGUUACCUGAGACGAUAUGCAAUUUGCCUGAUCUGCGUACGUUGUCAUUGUCAUAUUGUGGUAGCCUUAGUCGCUUACCAAACAGUAUGGCAAGACUGACCAACUUGCGCCACAUCAACAUUGAGGGGACUUAUUUAGAAGAGAUGCCACCUCAAAUGUCUGCGUUGAAAUUUCUUGAAAAACUAAGUUAUUUUAUCGUAGGCAAAGAUAGUGGAUCGAGUAUUGAAGAGUUAGAAAAGCUUUCAAAUUUGCGUGGUAGUCUUGGCAUCAAAAGGCUAGAGAAUAUUGUAAACGUUGAGGAUGUUUCAGUGGCAAAUGCAUUAAUGGAUAAGAAGUGCCUUACCAGACUGAGUUUGGAGUGGGACAAUGAUGUUGACGAUUCACAUAAAGCAAAAAAGCUAUUAUUUCCUUGAACCUCGAAUAAAUGUGGAAGAGUUGGCAAUUGCAAAUUAUGGAGGUACAAGCUUUCCCGACUGGGUAGGACGUGAUUUGUUCUGUCGUUUGGGAAAAAUGAAGCUAAAGAAUUGUAGAUAUUGUUAUUUGUUGCCGCCACUUGGACAACUUCCCUCUCUCAAAGAGCUGUGUAUGGAAGGGUUUGAUAUGGUGGAGAGAAUAGGGCAUGAA